AUGUUCUUACGCAUUCGUUUCCUCCUCACCUUUCUUAUACUCUACGAAAUGCCAUGCAUUUUGCGCGCUCAAGAGUAUCUAAAAGAGUUGCGCCCCAAGUUCUUCAACUUUAGAGAGGAUCAGAAGCUGCCUCCAGUUGAAGUGCCCCAACCGCUACUCUCUCAUCGUACGGGUAAAGCGGAAUUUUUCAAUUUUCAUGAUGAUUUGAUGGUGGAAAAUGACACACGGCAACCAAUGUCUCCGAGACCUACUCUGAUGGAUAUUGUAUUGGAAUCAUCGGCACGAGAGGGCCUAAAUGCCAUGCAUCAUUUGUACGGCAUUGUCGAACCGGAUAUGUUGAAAAAUGGUUAUGUCUUGCACGAUGAUCAUCCAGCUGCUUUGCUGUCCAAAUUUAGUGCCCCCGUUGUGGAAAGUUCAAGGCGAGAAAUGGCAGCCUAUGCAACAUUAACAGCUGCCAAGGCAUUUCGCAAGAAAAAUACGGGACGCAUUUCCAAACCACCUCCAUAUCUCAUACCAGAUACCAUGAGCAAUCUAAAUAUCAUAUUUUAA